GUCUCCUCCACCGUCCCCUGCCAACACCGUGCGGCCAUGUCUUUCCGUCAAAUCUCUCUCAUCCCGUUGCUUGCGGCACUUCUUGCAGCCUUGGCCGCCUCGGUCAAGGCUCACAGCAAUGGCAUGGAUAUGACCAUGGACGGCGCCAUGGACCUCGAAGCAGGCCAGAUGCUUCCGUACCUCCACUUCACUCCGGGCGACAUCGUGCUAUUCUACGGAUGGGUGCCGUCUAGCAAGGGCGCGAUGGUGGGAACUUGCAUCGGGCUCUUCUUAUUUGCGCUCGUGGAGCGCUGGAUUGCGGCAUGCAGAGGUGUUAUGGAAGCACACUGGCGAAAGAGAGCUCAAAUCGCCCAGGCAGACAGAAUCAACUUGCCGACCACGACGUCUACCGAGAAGGCUACCCUUAGCUCCACUCGCGUCCGCGACACAGUAACGCUCCGUAACGCCCCUCCGUUCAGCUGGGCGCACGACGUCGCGAGGGGCCUGCUGCACGCCGUCCAGGUUGCUAUCCAGUUCAUCUUCAUGCUCAUCGUCAUGACGUUCCAAGCCAGCUUCAUCCUAUCGCUGGUGAUCGGUCUGGGCGUCGGGGAGACGAUGUUUGGGCGGUUCGCUAGCCAUGCCGCGAUGCAUUGAUGAAAACUUCACCGCCGUUACGCCUCCUUUCUUGCUUAUUUGGAUCACGACGGACACUAUGCUGCGUUGUACUAGUAGCUUCUCACGUCGCUCACGAGUUAUCUCUGGAAAUGUUCUUGUAUGGUAGACAUGCUGGUGUCAUGUCAUGACUUGGGUGCUGUCAUCGGUGCUAUGCCAUUCAUUGCGGUGCCGCCGUCCGCCACCAGACUGUCAUGCAUGUAUGACUCCGGAGAGCCCUUCAUAUGGCUGCUCCGUCUGUCUAUGGUGCACCUAUCUUUAACGA